AGUGUCAAGAUUUUGUUGGUCGUUUGUAGCUGAUCUAGUUAGAGAGUGCGCGAAAAUGUCUGGACGCGGAAAGGGCGGCAAGGGGCUGGGGAAAGGAGGCGCCAAGCGGCACCGCAAAGUGCUGCGCGAUAACAUCCAGGGCAUCACCAAGCCGGCCAUCCGCCGCCUGGCCCGCCGCGGGGGCGUGAAGCGCAUCUCGGGGCUCAUCUACGAGGAGACCCGCGGGGUGCUGAAGGUUUUCCUGGAGAACGUCAUCCGCGACGCCGUCACCUACACGGAGCACGCCAAGAGGAAGACCGUGACCGCCAUGGACGUGGUGUACGCCCUGAAGCGCCAGGGUCGCACCCUCUACGGAUUCGGUGGUUAAGCCACGCGAAAGAAACCUAGAACAGCUGUUGGACCCAAAGGCCCUUCUAAGGGCCACUCACUUCUGCACGGAAAGAGCUGGGCUCGUUCGAGAGAGACGCUCGUUCUCAGUCAAUGCUUUAAAUAGUAUUUUGUAAGCCGAGUGUUUUACAAACCGAAGGAUUAAGCUCCGCUCAGCUUGGUAUUUGGGGAGAAAGCAAGUUACUGGUGCGCGUGUAGUAGAUAACGGAUCUUGUCAGGGUAACAAAAAUAAACGAUCUCUUGUUUUCUUUGGCUCCGGUAA